AUGGAUAGAACCGACGCUAAUGUAAGGCUAAAUCUAAGGCUAAGACUAUGGCUAAGGCCAAUGCUAAAGCCGAGGCUAGGACUAAGGCUGAGAGUAAAGCUAAGGCUAAAGACGAGGCUAAAGCUAAGGCUAAAUCUGAGGCUAAGGCUAAUGCUCAGGCUAAGGCCGAGACUAAGGCUAAGGCUAGGGAAAAGGCUAAGUUUAGAGCUAUGCCUAUGCUUAUAGCUAAGGCCAAGACCUAA